AUGGAAAGUGUGUCAGUGUCAUCGCUUCUAUCCCAAUUGGAUGAAGAGCUGGGGAAACUAUCUCAAUUUGACAUUCAAGAGAUCUUGGAUCAGCUCAAAUCGAUCAUCAACAACAUACAAUCCACCCACCAGUUCAAUCGUCUAGUUGAAUUCAUAUUCCAUGGAAAAUUAACCAUACCUCAGAAAAUAUUCAUUGUGAAAUAUUUACUCAUACCGCCAGCUGAUUCUCUGGAGUCGUUGUCUAUGUCCUUAGUGCUCAAAAUAGUAGGCUGUAUCGGUAAACCUAUGCAAAGGGGACCUCGCGCCUUUCAUAAAGGAAUACCAAUCAAUUUGCAGCAAGCCUUAUUGCAGUGGCUAUUGUGUUCUAUACAUUUCUUUGGUGAAGUAUCCAAAACAGUCAAAAAAUUGUUACCAAUUCUUUUCCAAAGCCUCGUCUACGAAUUUCUGAGACCAUACUUGGCUAACCUAAUCUUUUUAGCCACUUCAGGAGUUAAGGGAAGCAGCAAACCAUUUAAAACAUGGCAGAUUGACCUAGUUCUAGAUUUGCAUUUUAGGUUUCCCCUGGACGAUUCCUUGAGGGUAUUGUUGGCUCUAUUUAGGUGGGUGGAUCCUACAUUAAGUUAUCGUGGAAAGGGUACCUUAAAUUUGGGCUACGUCAAUCCUCAAAUACUAUCUUAUCCAGAUACCGACUAUCUAUCAGCAAUAAAGGACAUUAAUUUAAAUAAAAAUUUAUUAGAAUUAAAUUUAAAGCAAUAUGAACGAUUCUAUAUGAAGGUAUCGGGGAGAAAAAGGGUGAAAUUUCUGACAAAUGCAGACAUUGAUCUUGACCUUGAUAUUAUCGAUUUUGCUAAUGUGGGUGGUGACGAUUUGAUUUCUAUUCUAGAAGUAAACUCAUUGCAAGAAGUUGUCGAAAACCUUGACAAUAUCCAAUUUGUUAAUCUUAAAACAAUCUUGACUUCUGAUUUCGAGAAGGACGACCGAUUCAAGAUUUUAUAUCUAACUUUAAAUCUGGACCGGCUCUCGUUGAAGCUAGAUUAUUAUCUACGCCUCACUUUACUUGACGAUAAUCUUUCCCUCGAUGAACUUGUCACAAUCACAAACAAUCUUUGCACUUACCAUGCACAUGGAAACCUUCCCUUGCAACUGGUAAGGGAAUUCAUACUCUCUAAAGUAAUCCCUCCUGCUUUGCCAACAUUGGAAGUACUCCAAGCACGAAUAAAAUUAUUAAGAUUCUUAUCCUUGGAUAGAGAGUUCGAAGAAUCCUUUUUUAAUGAUAACUGCUUAAAAUUGAUAGAUGCUGAAAGCAGCAAACUUCUAAUCCCAUUUGUCCAAGAAGUGAUAUCCACUUACUCAAUAUGGCAUAUGGAAUCGCCUAUAAGCGAAAUUUUCAUCGAAAUAUUGAAUUCAACUUUACCGAAAUUGUUUUCCUUGUAUAUCCCCCACAUUAAUCAAUUGAAAGUUCAAUUCCUGAUGUUACUGCUCUUGAACUUUAUGAAACAGAUUGACAUAUUUCAUUUGAACGAAGAUAUUCAUCCAAAUACAAUUGUGUUGCCACCUACUUUAGUUUAUUCUUUAGUGUUAUCACCGAAUCCAUUAGUUGUUUCAGAAAUAUGUGGUUAUAUAUCAAGCUGUAAAAUAUUCAAAUUUCAACAUAAACAUGACACUUUUAAAUCUUUACAGAAUAUUUACAUUAUGGAUAUAUUGAAUUUAGCGUGGAGAGAUAAUUCAUUCAAGCAUGAACAUCAAGAAAAAAGUUAUAAUAAGGCAAUGUUAUUACAUCCUCGCUUCAUACACCAGCUAUCAAUUUCCAAUGUAAUGAAUUAUUCGAAUUUAGUCAAAUUCAAUUUAAUUGGAAAUAUUUUUCACAAUCCAACUUGGAGUUAUUUGACCACAGAAAUAUUGAGGAAAUUGGAAGACGAGUCUGAUAAUGUUACCAUUAGACAUGCUGGACCACCUACUGAAGAAAGCGUGAAUGAUUUGGGAGAGAGCAAAGAUGAAUGGCUUGACGUGACCUAUGAUGAAUUGAAGUUAGCGAUUUUGAGGAAGCUUGAUGCUAUGGGCUUCGAUGGGUUUGCUAAUUUAUUAUUUACCUCAUUGAAGACGCUAGCCAAUUUGAGAUUGGAUGAAAGGCAAAUACCGGAAACUGAUUAA